UCCGAGUCUUUUGAUUACCCCUUUGUAUCAUCUCGGGAUUCUGUCACACCGACUAAGGUUCAUCCUAUACGUCGGGACUCUUCUGCAUCUAUCGUUUCUACAGAUAAUAAAAAGGGGGUUGCAACCAUAUCAUUGCUUAAUGAUCAUGCUUCAUCUGAAGGACUUCGUUCUCCUGGCCAUUUUGCCUCACCCAGCUCUAUCUACUUCUCGCCUACCUCCACAGGUGUUUUCCAGUCAAGUUCAGCUGAGAACCCUAUUUGCACCCGAGCAACUUCUCUAUUUUCUGCCAACUCCCCCGUCAGAUCUUUCACUGCGGUCUCUUCUGCUACAACCUCUUCUACAUCUAUCAUUGCCACAAAAGGUUGCGCCUGCUCUGUGGGUUUUCCUCUCUCAGCACAAACAAUUCAUGCUAAACUACAGUCCGGGACAGCUUCUUAUACAGGUGACACAAUACAAAUGUCAUCAACAGAAACAGUAGAAGCUUGUCACCAGCCAAAUUGCUUGUAUUCUACUUCAGGGACUUGUCAGGAACAAGUGUUGUCCAUAAAAAACGCUAAAAAGGAAUCACUCAGUUCCCACACUGCCAAAUUCAUCCCUAAAGCCGACCAUUUUGAUCAUCCUCUACCACAUAUACGACAGUGCGACAACUCAACAUGCCCUGUAUCGGAAGCCAGAUAUUCCGAUACUGUAAUAUCAUUCUAUGAGAACACAACUGGCCCUAUUUUACCUUUGAGGACCAAUGCACCUGACUUUCCUAAACCUCCUCAAUCACAUAAAUCAUCUUCGAGCAAGGUCGACAAUCCACUUUGCAUAAUCUUACCAGCCUCUUCUAAUAUAAGA